AUGAAAAAAUAUGGCAUCGGAUUUGGAGAGGAAGUGCCAUGUGCACUUGGGAACUGUAAAUCUAUCUUAAGGAUGUCAACAACAUAUUCCACCGUGAAGAGUGUACAUGAAACUUCCUCUAGAAAACCCUUAAAGCCUUGGAAUUUCACACCUUCAUGGAGGAUGGCUCCUCUCACUCUGCUGCUGUUUUUUUCCAGUUACAAACUGGUUGGAUUCAUGUUCCUCUCUCUCCUCUUCACAUCUCUAGCAGUGUUUCUGUCCACUGUUGUCUUCAUGUGGAAGCACCAGGCAGUGGCAGAUGAUGAAUUGGUUGAAGGAAGUGGUUUCAGUUUGAGUUUCAGUAGUGCUUCUUCUGAGGAGAAGAAGAAACCAAAUGGAAGGGAAAGUGUUGCACCGACCCCAAUGCACAAGCAUGAAACUGUGAGAGUGAGAGAAGCAAAGGAAAGUGGAGAAGAAAUAGAAGAAGUUAGUGACGUAGUUGAUGAUGCCCCUUCAGAGAGUGAAUGCCAAGAAAUGUUUUUGUCCACUUCUGAGGAGUAUGAAGUAGAUCACACACCUGAGUGCUCAGAUGGGACAAUUUCUGAUGAGGACAGCCUCAUAGAGAUUGCACUUCCAAGCGGACACUUUGUGGGGCAUAAUCAGAGAGAAGACUCCAACAAGUACAACAACAACAACAACUGCUGCAGUUUGCAACAGAAGAAGAGGGGGUUAUCAGCUCAUGAGGCCCUUUUCAACCAACAAAGCCUCAUGGAAUUCUUGGCAGAGUUCAAUGAAGAAGAAAACCUAAUAGAGAUUGACCUUGCCAUGGGUUCUAUCAAGUGCUCAAGGCUUGUGCCACAGCAGUGUGAAAAAGCUUCUGCUGUGCCUCAAGCUUUGGAUACUCAUUAA